AUGGGCCACGAUCUGCGGGUACAUAGUCUUGAAUACUACCAGUUGCAAGAUACUGUACAGCGGGUCAACAAACUGUCCAGACUUUUCCUGAGUUUGGAGAGGGGCAACCUGCCUUCCCAGCAGGGCAAAUCCUUGGACGAUCUGCAUGUAACUGGAGGCUUCACCAGUGAAGAGGACAGUAGCGACAGUGGGGACAGCAGUGAAGACUCCUGCGAUGAAUCCGUCGAAAACGUUUCCAAGGAGUCUAAGGAGUUAGGAGUCAAAGAGCCAGGGGAGGUGAUUGUCAGAUUGUUGCCGACAAACCUCCCACCCGGCCCCUGGGAAUUCCCACUCCUGGGGUCCCUACCAGCCAUCGUCUGGGGGCUGAGGAAAGGUUUACAGCCCCAUCAUGUUUUGGGGAGGUACGCUGAAAGCUACGGUCCGGUGUUCCGAGUGUCUAUGUUCAACAGAAAUGCAGUCAUCCUGGACGAUUUCGAGUCGACAAAGGCGGCGUUUCGGCACCCGGAGUUGAGCGACAGACCACCGGGUAUGGGAAACGGUGCUGAUUUUGGUGGGAUCGAUCCCCCGCUCAGAGACGAAGAAAGUGUUAAAAUGGGGUACAUUCCACUCGUCCAUGAUGUACCUGAGCAGAAGUUUAACGAGAGAGAAAACAGUUACACUAUAUUUAGAAUGUCCUUAGGACUAUUUAAUGCAAACACUGUAGUGGACAGGUAUACAGUGGACUUCGGAGUAUCGGGAUCCUUCGGAGAGCCAUGGAUUCAGAUGCGUCGCUUCUGCCUGAAUGUCCUCCGGGGUUUGGGUGUCGGUAAAUCGAGCUUCGAAGAGCAGAUCGGGACUGAAGGCGAGGAACUGAUGAAGGAAAUGUCUGUAUUCAACGGCAGGGCCUUCAACCCUAAACCUCUGCUCAGCAGCGCCGUGGCCAACGUCAUCUGUUCCGUUGUGUUUGGAAAGCGUUACUCUUACGAUGAUCGAGAUUUUAUGCGACUUCUGAGUUUACUGAGUAAAAGCGUUGCAGCAACCGGAACUGGUGGUGUCUUGUUUUUAUAUAAAGGUUUAACUCAUCUGCCCUAUUUCAAGUUAAAAAUGAAAAGGCUUCGCGCUGACUUUGCUCAAAUCUACAGUUUUGUGAAAAAUUUCAUCGAUAUUCGAGUAUCGGGAUCCUCGGGAGAGCCAUGGAUCCAGUUGCGUCGCUUCAGCCUGAAUGUCCUCCGGGGUUUGGGUGUCGGUAAAUCGAGCUUCGAAGAGCAGAUCGGGACUGAAGGCGAGGAACUGAUGAAGGAAAUGUCUGUAUUCAACGGCAGGGCCUUCAACCCUAAACCUCUGCUCAGCAGCGCCGUGGCCAACGUCAUCUGUUCAGUUGUUUUUGGAAAGCGCUACUCUUACGAUGAUCGAGAUUUUAUGCAACUUCUGAGUUCACUGAGUAGUGUUAUCACAUCACUCGGAUCUGGUGGUGUUCUGUAUUUAUACGAAGGUUUAGCUCGUCUGCCCUAUUUAAAGUCAAAAUUGGAAAGGCUUCGGGCUGACUUUGCUCAAAUCAUCCAUUUCUUGAGAAGUGUCGUCGACUGCCAUCGGGCAAAACUGGACCCUAACAAUCUUAACGAUUUCAUUGACGUUUACCUUGUGGAAAUGAAACGAAAUACUUCCAUGAGCGUUACUGGGGAAUCGGGUGGUGAGGCAAAGGCCACAAACUACAGCCACUUUGACGAGGAAAAUCUGCUAAACGCUUUGAGAGAUCUCUUUGCGGCAGGCGCUGAAACCACGGUCACUACGCUAGAGUGGUGCUUUCUCUACAUGGCUAUCUACCCGGAGAUUCAACUGCGUGUCCAGGCUGAGAUUGAUGCCGUGGUUGGUCGCAAUCGGCUUCCCAGAUUGGCUGAUAAACCGGGUCUGAAUCUCACCCGAGCCGUGAUCUGGGAGGUCCAAAGGAUGGCCAGUAUCGUCCCCUUGGGCUUGCCACACGUCGCCGCUUCCGAUACUCAGCUGCAGGGUUUCCUGAUCCCAAAAGAUACCAUUCUGGUUUCCAACAUGUGGAGGAUUUUCCGAGACCCGAGAAUUUGGCCCGAACCGGAGAUGUUCAAGCCAGAACGAUUUCUGAACGACGAGGGCAAGGCGUUCAAACCAGAAGAGUUUAUACCUUUUGGCGUCGGUCGCCGUAUCUGUCUGGGUGAGCACCUGGCCAAGAUGGAACUCUUUAUCUUCUUCAGCUAUUUCAUGCACCGGUUCACCUUCAUGAAACCUGCCGAUGCACCGCCGCUGACUCUGGAAGGGAAGAACAGUAUCACGUUCUCGCCUUUGCCGUUUGAGAUUUGUGCCGUGGAACGCGAUUGAAGGAUUUACAGUGCAAAUAAUAAUAACCCUGAAAUACAUAUAGGACCAUGUAAACUAAUGGUCCUUCAUACUUUCAUAGAUAAAGCAGCGUUGUGAAAUUUUAAUACAAAGAAAGUGUUUUUCUUUCGACCAGAAUGAUGACCAUGAAAACUUCCAGUCGCACAGAUGACAAUAUGUUUAAAGCAUUCUCUUUGGUAACCGACCAUGUGGCGCAUUUCAGACUUAAUUUCCCUUCACUCGAAAAUUGCCAACUGAUGCUGAUUUUUAGUCAUAUUAUACAUGUUUUAUAUAAAUAUUAUUUAGUGAAAAUUUUAUCCAUAUUUCAAUCUUUCUAACCAGCAAGUUUAUUGUUUUACUCAGCUUCCAACACUUGAAAUGAGUUUCGUCUUAUUUACUUUAAUUAAAAGCACAUAGCUGCAAUCAAUAUGUUUUAAUGCAAACUUUCAAAAUGCACGUUUCUCAGCUAAGCUUAUAUAUUAUUUUCAA